AUGGAUGUAUACCAAUUUAAAACACCGGGUCGAUUUCCUCUUCGAGUCGGUCAUUUACCUCCAAUUUCAAACAAAACGUCGUCGUUUUUGCCUCGUCUAGCCUCAUUUACAACCGGUUCCCAUUCCCUAGCCGAUAAACCGGAAUCGGAAUCUCUGAAUCGGAUGUUCAUUCUCGGCAUGGGAUUCGUCGGCCAAUUCUUUGCCCAAUCUCUCAAAAAAGAAGGCUGGAUUGUUACUGGUACUUGCACGAGCAAAGCAAAGAAGAAACAGCUUGAGGAGAAGGGAUUUGAUGUUUGCCUUUUUGAUGCAAAUCAGCCAGAAUUGAGCACUCUAAAUGCUUUGAAACUUUACACGCACCUCCUAGUCUCCAUCCCUCCUGUUUCGUGUGCUGGCGAUCUGGUGCUUUGGCACGAAGAACUCCUAAGAAAUAUGCUAUUGGAUGGAAAUCUUCAAUGGCUGUGUUACUUGUCAUCUACUAGUGUAUAUGGUCAUUGUGGUGGUGCUUGGGUGGAUGAGGAUUAUACGACAAGCCCUACAAGUGAGCUAGCUAAACUGAGAUUAGUUGCUGAGGAAAAGUGGCUGAAUCUGGGCCAAGGGCUGGGACUUUCCACUCGAGUAUUUCGUCUUGGAGGUAUCUAUGGUCCUGGUAGAAGCGCCGUUGACACAAUAAUUAAGCAGGAGCCAUUGUCAGAAGGUCAGAAGAUGAGAACAUCAAGGCAAUACACUUCCAGAGUUCACGUUGAGGACAUUUGUCAAGCACUCAAAGCUAGUAUUUACACCCCAUCCUCCAGGGGAAUUUACAAUAUUGUGGAUGAUGACCCAGCCCCGCGUGAAGAGGUGUUUACAUAUGCAGAGGACUUGAUUGAGAACAAGUGGCCAGGCCGAACAAAAAGGAGCACUGAUUAUGCAAGUGCUGUAUCUCCUACCAAGAAAGCUAAUUCAAGAGGAGAUAAAAGGGUUUCCAAUAUGCGUAUGAAGAGAGAACUAGGAGUGAAGCUUCUUCAUCCAAGUUACAAAUCAGGAUUGCUAAGUAUUAUUGAUCAAAUGGAAAAACCCAUUUCACUGUAG